AUGCCACCAAAGAAGAAGAACGUGCAAGAAAAGCCAAUUUUAUUGGGUAGACCAGGUAACAAUUUAAAAUCCGGUAUUGUAGGAUUAGCCAAUGUUGGUAAAUCGACCUUUUUCCAAGCAAUUACUAGAUGUCCAUUAGGUAAUCCUGCCAAUUAUCCAUUUGCUACCAUUGAACCAGAAGAAGCAAGAGUGAUUGUUCCAUCUCCAAGAUUUGACAAAUUGUGUGAAAUGUAUAAACCAAAGAGUGAAGUUCCUGCAUUUAUGACUGUUUAUGAUAUUGCUGGUUUGACUAAAGGUGCUCAUGCUGGUGAAGGGUUAGGAAACAAUUUCUUGGCUAAUAUUAGAGCUGUUGAUGCUAUUUUCCAAAUGGUUAGAGCUUUUGAUGAUGCUGAGAUUAUUCAUAUUAAUGAUGAGGUUAAUCCUGUUGUUGAUUUAGAUAUUGUUAAGGAUGAAUUAAGAUUAAAAGAUAUUGAAUUUGCUCAAAAAUAUUUAGAAGGGAUUGAAAAGAUUACCAAAAGAGGUGGUCAAUCUUUAGAAGUUAAACAAAAGAAAGAUGAAGCUGAAUUAGUUAAGAAGAUUAUUGCUAUGUUAGAAGAAGGUAAACGUAUUGCUAAUCAAACUUGGACUGCUAAAGAAGUUGAAAUUAUUAAUCAAAUGUUAUUAUUAACUGCAAAACCAUGUAUUUAUUUGGUUAAUUUAUCUGAAAGAGAUUAUAUUAGAAAGAAGAAUAAGCAUUUAUUAAAGAUUAAAGAAUGGGUUGAUGCCAAUUCUCCAGGUGAUUUAAUUGUUCCAGUUUCAGUAUCAUUAGAAGAAAAAUUAGCUGGUAUGGAAUCUGAUGAAGAAAGAGAAGCUUAUUGUAAAGAAAUUGGAGCUCAAUCUGCAUUACCAAAGAUUAUUGUUGCUAUGAGACAAAAAUUAGAUUUAAUUUCUUUCUUUACUGGUGGUCCAGAUGAAGUUAGAGAAUGGACUAUUAGAAGGUGGUAUACUGCUCCACAAGCUGCUGGUACUAUUCAUACUGAUUUGGAAAGAACAUUUAUUUUAGCUCAAGUUAUUAAAUAUGAUGAUUUAGUUGAAUAUGGUGAUGAAAAAUCAGUACAAGCUCAUGGUAAAUUACUUUCAAAGGGUAGAGAUUAUUUUGUUGAAGAUGGUGAUAUCAUUUAUGUUAAGGCUGCUGAAGGUAAGGCUCGUUAA